UCAAGUCGCAAGUAAAAAUUCUCCAUCGAACAUUUAAUAUCUCUUGUAGAACACAAUAUGCUGUUAUAAUUUUCGUGAAAAUACGUAAUAAUAAUAUACACAAAUUUGUUUGUACUUUAAUCGAAAUCUUUUAAUCUUUGUGUUAAAUGUUACAUGUGUUUGUGUUAAAUAUUAUAUUUUUAUCUUAUACGGUUUUAUUAUUUUAUCGAAUAUAAAAUAUAGUUAAAGAAAUCCAAUAAACUGAAAUACGAUUAUUAAAUUAUUAGAUUCUUUAAAAGCGUGUUUUUAAGAAUUAAGUAUUUUUUAAAGAUUCGUGAAUGCACAAUAGUAUUGAAAUAUCUUCUUUACGUAAGAAUAAAUAUCAAGAAUGAUCCUUCCAUUUUACAAAACUCUUUUGUAGAUCAAAAUCGAACAAGACUUUUGAUCAUAAAAAAAUUCUUAAGAUAUAAUAUCGAUCAGUUGUUUGAACAAAUAUUAUAUAUUCCGUUAUAUUGAAUAUUAUUGAAGAUGGAACAAAAUUUAAAUUAUUACGUCUUACGUAUCAUUUUUAAAUAUUUAAAUGGACAGGAUUUAUCUAAUGCGUCGCAAGUUUGCAAAUCUUGGUUAGAAACAGCUGCGGAUGAAAAAAAAAGAAGAGGUCCUUCGUCUAAUACAAAGAGCAAAAAAGAAAUAAAAUCCUAUGAGAAUUGGGAAGACGUAAAAAAAGAAACGAUCGAAUAUUUUACGCUUAAACCAAUAUUAUGUAUGUUUUUUACUUAUGCAGUAAAGGAAGAUACACAUUUACAAAACAUCCAUGGACAAUGGGAAUAUACUGUGAGGAAUUAAAAACUUUAUUUGAUAAUUCCUUUAAUAAUGCCGAAAAAUUAAGAACUACAAUUGAAGGUUUAUUCGUUAAUGAUUGUAAUAAUACAACAAGCUGUUGGAUCUUAUUAUGCAAAAUAUUCUAUGGGGCUUGUAUAGGAUUUGAUUUAGUGGAGCAUUUCUAUAAAUGGUUUCCACACAAAAGAAUUUUUGUAUGCGGUGGGAUUAUAAAUCAUAUAUCGGUUUGUAAUUCGGAACAUAAUUCACGUAUAUGCAGAGAUCAAGCAGAAUGUGUUGCUAUUUUAAUAAGUGGUACUGAAAUGCAAAUCUGGACUGUAUCUUUGGACGAAAUGAAUGAUGAUGUUCAUAGCUUCGAAGAUAAAAUUGAGGACAUUAAACAGAUUGUUGAAUUAAAGAGGCACUCUAUAAUUUUCAUGUUUAUUUCUGAAUAUUGUACUACCUCUUUGAAUAAUUUAGAAUUAACUGUAUUCGAAUAUUUUCCAAGAGUGCCGAUAGUUAAAUAUAUAUGUCAUGGAGCAUUUGGAGGAGAAAAUUUGGAUGAGAAGUAUAUACAAGGUUGUAACAAUUUCGAGAACAAGGAUACUUCAGUAUUUAUGAUACUUACAUAUAAUUAAGUACUUAAUGGAAAUGAUGAUUGUUGUAGAAAUAUUUACAUAACUUUUGCCAAUAUUUUAAUAUUUAAUAUACAUAGUGAAUAUUAAUAAUAAAACAUAAGGAAAAAUAAAAAUAUAUCUGAU